AUGGAUCGUUAUCGAGCCUAUGAGCUUCAUUUUCGCUUCAGCAGAGAGGUAGACGAGCUCGAAAAGGAGCUCGAGACCGAAAAGCACAAUGCAUUGCAGGAGCUGCAGAAAGCGAAAAAUGAGAUUGAGAACAGAAGGCUCGAGGAAAGGUCAAUGCUCCAGAAAAGCCUCGGUACAGCACCUCUACCUCCAGAUCUCACGCAGUUCAUUGAAGACAAGCGAGACUUUUAUCUGCGUCAAGCUACUCAAAACUACGAGGAAAGGUUGGAGAAUGACCGGAAAAGGUUUAUUGAAAAGGUUUCCGCCGUGAACGAGAAAUGGAGAAUGCUACCAUUCGACAUAGAAGAAGAUUCUCUGCCAAUAUCGAGGCUGUCGUUAGACACCAAGGCUGGAACACCCAUUCCCAUGCCCUCAAAACUUCCUGUCUCUCACUUAUCAAACAAGCGCCCUAUUACAGAGAUUCAGUCUCCUAACGAGAACAUCGCAAACGAGCAACCGGCAAAGCGCCCAUCCGCGAAACGAUCCAUCACUUUCGAUGAGGUGUACCAAGAAGGCGAUGCUAAGUUCAAGCAUAUUAUAGUCGAGUACCCUCCCGAGAGCGGAGAAUUUUACAUUCUCAAGUGUGAUGACCAUGGAGUUCACUUUGGAGCCAAUCCUCUUGCGGGAGCUGCUAAGCACCUAGCAAGCAAGAUGCAUGACCACCAGUCAAAGAACUAUAGCGUUGCUAUUGACACGCUAGGUUUUCGCGUCAUUGGGUGUAAUGCAGAACUGGUACAGAGGAACAACACGGCGGUCGAAGAAGCUGCUGCAAACGGCUAUAAGCCGGUUAACUUACUUCAACUAAGCGUGGGAAAACGAGCGCGAUAUGUGGAGGCGAAUCCCGAGUUUGCUAAUUCCUUUUCCACUCCCAUACCUUCGCUAGCCUCACCAGCCGCUGAAGCGCCUUCGGCAAUGGCACCGCCUCCAUCUCGAGAAACAGCUACUAGUCCGGCGAUGGCACCACCUUCGUCUCGAGAUACCUCUACCCCUAGUCCAGCGAAAGAUCGACGGAAGAGCUCACACAUACGGACACCGUCAGAUCGCAGCACGCGCUCAGCUGUCCUCAUCCCUAAUCCCAAACCAGCUAGCCUCUACAAAGGGUUUUGGAAUCAAGACAAGCGGCAUUAUCCUGUUAUGGUAUUGCCGGUGAAAGAGGCAGACUUGAGUUCAGUCGGACUUGAAAAGACGUUGGAGGAUACUAAGCUCUUGCAGACUGUGCCUCUCUGCUAUAAACUUGACAAAACAGCAGGAAAGAUAAAGUUCGAAGGGUGGGCCCCGGGAUACGAGGAUGGCGGGCCUUUAGUCAAGCUUAGGCAAGUUCCGGUCAUGUAUUUUGACCGAGACAUGUCGUUUGGCUGGCUCUCAAUCAAGGAUAUUUCAGCGUUUGACUUUGAUGACCCGGACUGGCGUCAGAUACCCUAUUUUCAGAAGGCCGUCGAGCACUGGGAAAGUCUAAACAAGGCUGAGGCUGGCACGACUGCUAGCAGUGCGACAACCGGUGAUGCAGAACAACCUCGCCUGGAAUCCAACUCGGCCCCAGCAGCAGCAGCAGCAGCAGCAGCGGCACCAACAGCACCAACAACAUCAAUAGUACCAACAGCAUCAACGGAGCCAACAGCAUCAACGGAGCCAACCGCAUCAACUGAGCCAACAGCAGCUGCGCCUCCCACAAUGUCAACACCCGUUGCUUCUAGCACUGUAAAUACACCAAUUCCUCUGGCCGUGGUACGGUUGGCGGAAAUCGCCAAGACCGACCCUCAGCUAAGGGCUCUGAUAGAUAGAGUCGGAUCGAAAGAGGGUACCAAGGAGGAGAAUGAACGGUUAGAGCGCAUCGUCGACCAGAUUGCUUUGGAGCUUAGUAGCUCCGGGGAAGCGGUAGCAGCUACGGUUCAACUUUUACAGCCCAAGUCGGUCAGUUCAGGCCCCAAAAACAUGAAGGGUCACGGCACAGGCCUCAGAUCGCCAGAGUCAUCUAAGCCGCCCACUCCGCACUUGACAAAGGCAGCGAUUUCACCGGCGGCGGCGGCCCCGGCUCCCUUGGUAACGGCAGGCCCGACGCCAGACUCUAGCACAGCUAGCUCGCGUACUACCUCUCCAACUGAGGUCCCCGCCCCUACGUCUACCUCAAUCCACAACCCGCCCGUCAAGCCCUCGCCCGUCAAGCCGGCAACCUUUGUCAAACCCGAGAAUGGGGUCACGACGACGGCGAAGACAACGCAGCCUCAGAAUCAGAACGAGAAGUUUGAAGUGACCAUCGAAAAGGGCAGCUGGAACGUAGAUACCAAUGGCGCUACGGAGGACAAGCUCUCAGUCCGGUUGAUAGCAUGCAACCAAACCAAGAUUGCUUCCACAGCGCCCGGUCUCCCGUACAAGAACUGCCCAUACAAGUUCGAGAUCGAUCCCAACAAGUUUGCCAAGGUCAUCGUCGAGAAUUGCCCAUCAAGCCCCAACGCGAAGACGAUCGUGACCAUUAUAUUGAAGAAGGGGCGUGAGGGCAGUGGAGAUAGGACGGUGGUCUUGACGUUUGAUCGAUUCGUAAAUCCGGACACUAAAAUGGUAGAGAGCGGGCGGGUGCAGGCGAGACGAUUCUGUCGAUGGUUGAGGGGGGUCAAUACGAGCAUUGCAUACUCUAACAAGAGGUGA